CGGGGAGGGCGGGGCGCGAGGAGCCGCGGCGGGUGCGGCGGCGGCGGGAGAUGCGGGCGGCUGCGGGCACCCCGCGGGCUUGGCUCGGCCGCCGGCGCCUUCUCCGGCUCCGCCGCGGGGGUCGCAGCGGCUGCCGCGCCAUCCUCGAGUUCCCAGCUUGAGAAGGCGGCGGGCGGAGAGGAGCAUCGUGUUCGAGGCGGAGACCCAGAGGGAGCCCCGCGCGUGGCCUCGCUCAUUGCUAUGGACAGUGCUAUCACCCUGUGGCAGUUCCUCCUUCAGCUCCUAAAGGAGCCUCAGAACGAUCACAUGAUCUGCUGGACCUCUAAUAAUGGGGAGUUCAAGCUUUUGCAGGCAGAAGAGGUGGCUCGUCUCUGGGGGAUUCGAAAGAACAAGCCUAAUAUGAAUUAUGACAAACUCAGCCGAGCCCUCAGAUACUAUUAUGUGAAGAAUAUCAUUAAAAAAGUGAAUGGUCAGAAGUUUGUGUACAAGUUUGUCUCGUACCCAGAGAUUCUGAACAUGGAUCCGAUGACAGUGGGCAGGGCUGAGGGAGACUGUGAAGCUUUAAGCGUCGGUGAACUCAGCAGCAACAGUUCCAAAGAUGUGGAGAAUGGCGGGAAAGAGAAGCCACCACAGCCUGGUGCCAAGACCUCUAGCCGCAAUGACUACAUACACUCUGGCUUAUAUUCUUCAUUUACUCUCAACUCUUUGAACUCCUCCAACAGGAAGCUUUUCAAAUCUAUAAAGGUUGAGAAUCCAGCUGAGAAAUUGGCAGAGAAAAAAUCUCCUCAGGAGCCAACACCAUCUGUUAUCAAAUUUGUAACCACACCUGCCAAAAAGCCACCGGUUGAACCUCUUGCUGCUGCCAUUUCAACUGGGCCAAGUAUUUCUCCAUCUUCAGAAGAAACUAUGCAAGCGUUGGAGAAUUUGGCUUCCCCCAGACUGCCUUCUCUGGAAGCACCAACUUCUGCAUCUAGUGUAACUGCCGCUUUCACCACCACACCAUCUGUUUCGUCCGUGUCCCCUCUGCAGGAGCCUUCUAGAACACCUUCACCACCGCUGAGUUCCAACCCAGAUGUGGACACAGACAUGGAAUCAGUGGCUUCUCAGCCAAUGGAACUUCCAGAGGACUUGUCCCUGGAGCCUAAAGACCAGGAUUUGGCUUUGCCAGAAAAGGACAAAACAAAUAAUUCAUCAAGGUCCAAGAAGCCCAAGGGGUUAGAGCUGGCACCAACCCUGGUGAUCACGGGCAGUGAUCCAAGCCCACUGGGAAUAUUAAGCCCAUCUCUCCCUACGGCUUCUCUUACGCCAGCACUUUUUUCACAGACGCCCAUCUUACUGACUCCGAGCCCCUUGCUCUCCAGUAUCCACUUUUGGAGUACUCUCAGCCCUGUUGCUCCCCUAAGUCCAGCCAGGCUACAAGGUGCUAACACACUUUUCCAGUUUCCUUCUGUGCUGAACAGUCAUGGGCCGUUCACUCUGUCUGGCCUGGAUGGACCUUCCACCCCUGGCCCAUUUUCCCCAGAUCUACAGAAAACAUAACCUAUGCACUUGUGGGAUGAGAGAACCAAGGAAUAAAGAAACAGAAAGACACCCAACAUGAUUACAUUUAAAGUGAGCAAUUGAUAUGUCACAAUGCUGAUAAUAGACUAUUGUGAUUUCUGCCAUUCCCCAUUAAAAAUGCUUUUUUAGGAUUCCCUUUGAA